AUGGAGAGGUUACAGGCAACUUGGAAGGACGCAUAUAUUCAUUCAAAAACGAGGAUUAAUGAUCAGCGCCAAGCUACAGAUUGGUCCCCUCCGCCAAGGAAUUUUAUAAAAUGUAAUGUUGACGCGGCCUUAUCUGGGAACGAUGCACAUUAUGGAGCUGUGUUACGCGAUCAUGAUAGACGUUUUGUUGCAGCACGAAGUGGAAAGCUGAAUGGGAUGAAGGACCCAUACGUGGCUGAGACUCUAGCUGCUAAAGAGGCUUUGUCUUGGCUGAAAACUCGACCAGAACGGAACAUUAUAUUUGAAUCAGAUUGUUUAAAUUUUUGCAAGGCUUUUAAUUCUUGUAUUUCAGAUUUUUCUUAUGUUGGUUUAAUUGUAAAGCAAUGCGUGUCGAUUGCUAAAGACAUUGGGAACGUCAGUGUUUUCCAUGUCAAGAGAUCAGCGAAUUGCGUGGCUCACGAACUUGCUCGGGCAACCGAUUCUACAGCUGAUUCUAGGGUGUGGACUGAUAUCCCACCUGCUUGUAUCUCGAAUUUGUUAAGUCAUUAA